AUGUGGUUUGAAGAACGAAGCUGGUCCAACCUGAAGAUGUCAUCAAUGCUUGUAGAGGAGUGGCGCGAUCUAUGGCCCAUCAAAAUUGAUGUGAUUGUCGCAUCGCUUGCGUAUGUUUUCGCCACCACCAAUUUUCUCAAUCUACCCGGAUUAAUUCUGCAGAAUGGCGGAUUAGCAUUUAUCGUAGCUUAUGGUGCAUCAUUAUUUGUAUGUGUUUUACCAAUUAUUGUAAUGGAAUUUUCGGUUGGACAACUUACUGGACGAGCACCUAUCGAAGCACUUCACAACAUAUGUCCACUUUUUAAAGGUGUUGGCGUCGCGCAGGUCAUUUUUUCCCUGUUCAUAUUGGCACGUAUGACACGAUACCUGGCUUGGCUUAUGCUUUACCUAUUUCAUCUCUUCUGGGCUAUAUUAUCUGGACGACCAGGACUACCAUGGUUGCACUGUAGGAGUUUCCCCGAGCUUCAGACAUUACCGUGCGAAGAAGCUGGUUCGGUAGCAAAUUUGAGCUACGCUACUACAACAAAACUGAAUACUUUAAGUGCACAUUCCUCACUUGUUCAGUUUAUGACGAUGUUAGAACGACCAUCGAGUAACAUUGCUGAAACAGGCCAUUUGCAGUAUUACAUUCUUGCUUCUAUGGGAAUCGUUUGGCUUCUGGUCUUUUUGGCCACUUUCUUUGGUGUCCGUUGGUUAGGAAAGGUUAUUCAUUUUACCUUCAUUAUGCCUGUGGUUUUACUAUGUUUACUUCUGGUGCGUGCUUUAACACUUCAAGGUCUUCCUGAAAUAUUGGUGAAAUUUUAUAAGACCACCGAUUGGCAACGGAUGACUGAUUAUCUCAUGUGGAAAGCGGCCAUUGAGCAGGCUGUUUUUGCCACUGGAAUUGGUUUUGGAACGUUUAUUACAAUCGCUUCAUACAACAAGCGGACAAACAACCUUGUUGGUGAUGCAUGGAUAAUCCUGUUUGGUCAUAUUGUGUUGACGCUGAUACAGGUAUUUACAAUACUUGGAUUUAUUGGUCAUUUAUGUGUUCGACUUGGAUUACAACCAAUAGAGCUUCUCGAUCGAGGAGAAGCGCAAAUGUGGCAUAUUCUUGCAUAUAUGUCGUACGUACCGGAUACACGUACAUGGACUGCAAUCCUUUUGUUUAUGUGCAUUUUCGUCUUACUCAACAUUUUUUAUCUUCUCACUUUAAACAUACUGGCAACAUUUGAAGAUGCAUUCGGUGAGAAUUCGUCUCGUUGCUUCCCCCGAUUUGUACUUGACCUUUUCAUCUGUUGCAUUGCUUUUGCUGCCAGCUUUUAUUUUGCUACGCAGGGCGGUCGCUAUGCAUAUGAAUUAGUUGAUGGCUACUUGAGAUACGUAACAUUGUGGAUUAUAUUGUUCUUUGAAAUGUUGGCAGUUGGAUGGUUCUAUUGUGCACAUCGUCUUGGUAAAGAUUUGCAUGGGAUGUUGCGACAAGCGUGCUGUUGGUGUCUUGGACAUUUCAUUCUCUAUUUCAUAUAUCUUUUGCCAGCCGUCCCUUUUGUAGUAGCUACGCUAAAUUUGAUCCAUUAUGAUUACUCGACUUAUUCUUCUGGAAUCCAUGAAUGGAAGUAUUCGGAACUGCUUGGAUGGGCAAUAGCAUUGAUACCAUUGCUUCCAAUCCCAUUGUUUAUGCAAUUCAAGAUUUGCAGAACAUGUAUCAAAGGACCUGGAGUAACGAGGUGGCAGAAACUAAAAAAUGCAAUAUCAUCUCCUUUGUCUUAUGAGGUUAUUAAGCCACCACCAUCAUCAGCUAUGCAGAGAUAUUCAAGCGAUACACCUGGUUACAUUCUUCUUCCGCAAGCUCCGCUUGCUGAACCGGAAGUUUUCAAUGAGGUAAUGAGAAUUGAGAAUCAAAUCUAA